GGCUAAGCCGUCUGCAAGGCAGAGCCAACCGAAGAGGAGGAGGCACCGGGCAGUCGCGCUUGUGACGCACUUCCGGCGUUCCAGCGGACCAAAAUGGCUGCGCCCCAGCCGCAGGCUUCGGCCGUUUCUUCUGCUGCCGGUGUGUCAGGUCCGAGUUCGGCCGGUGGCCCGGGUCCCCAGCAGCAGCCGCAACCGACGCAGCUGGUGGGCCCUGCCCAGAGCGGGCUGCUGCAGCAGCAGCAGCAGGACUUCGACCCCGUGCAGCGCUACAAGAUGCUCAUCCCGCAGCUGAAGGAGAGUCUCCAGACUUUGAUGAAGGUAGCAGCCCAGAACCUGAUCCAGAACACUAACAUCGACAACGGACAAAAGAGCAGCGACGGACCCAUACAGCGCUUCGACAAAUGUCUGGAGGAGUUCUACGCGCUCUGUGAUCAGUUGGAGCUCUGCUUGCGCCUGGCCCACGAGUGCCUUUCACAGAGCUGUGACAGCGCGAAGCACUCUCCAACACUGGUACCCACGGCCACCAAGCCAGACGCAGUGCAGCCGGACAGCCUGCCCUACCCACAGUACCUGGCUGUUAUCAAAGCCCAGAUUACCUGUGCCAAAGACAUUCACACUGCCCUGCUGGACUGUGCCAACAAGGUCACUGGCAAGACCACCGCACCCUCAGCUGGCCCUGGGGGCAGCCUCUGAGGGGGGGGUGGGACAGAAUGAAGUAUGGCUUAAGGCAAAA